AACUCUAUGAUUACGGAAAACGCAACCCGGAUCCCGGAAGUGACGUUUGGGAGGACUCAGGAGUCAAGAUGGCUGCGCGGGCUGCCCUUGGGGUUGUGUGUCGACGCCUCUGGCAGAGUCCUGGCAUCUUUUCUCAUCCUAAGAACAUUACAGAAAAGAGAGAUGGUUUUCUUCUCAACACCCACUUGAAGUGGAUACAAUUUUCAAGCUUGCAUGUGGAUGUCAGGAGUGAUGUGGACAAACCUAAGAUCACCAUUUCUGAUGAACCAGACACAUUAUAUAAGCGCCUCUCAGUUUUAGUAAAAGGCCAUGAUAAAGCGGUAUUGGAUAGUUAUGAAUACUUUGCUGUACUUGCUGCUAAAGAACUUGGUAUCUCCAUUAAAAAGGUACAUGAACCUCCAAGGAAAAUAGAACGUUUUACUCUUCUCAAAUCAGUACAUAUUUUCAAGAAGCACAGAGUUCAGUAUGAAAUGAGGACAUAUUACAGAUGUUUAGAGUUACAACAUUUAACUGGGAGUACAGCAGAUGUCUAUUUAGAAUAUAUCCAACGAAACCUACCUGAAGGCGUUGCCAUGGAAGUAACAAAGACCCGAUUAGAACGGUUACCAGAACACAUUAAGGAACCACUUUGGGAAAUGUUGGGAGAGGAAGAAAAAGCAAGCAAAGCAUGAAGAUAAUCUUUAUAUCUGGUUUUGAAAUGGAAAUAUCUAUCCCUGCCAAGAAUGUUUACACACAGCAAGAGUUUCUUUAAAAUCUCCUUUACCUGCUUGUCUCUUGUCAUUAAGAAAUUUGACUUUGGUGGAGUGUGGAGUGAACUACAGUGUGAAGGGCAUCUUUUUUUUGCAGGGCUAUGGGGGUUAAGUGAUUUGCCUAGGGUCGGUCACACAGCUAGUAAGUGUCAAGUGUCUGAGGCCGGCUUUGAACUCAAGUACUUCUGAAUCCAGGGCCGGUGCUUUAUCCACUGUGCCACUUAGUUGCUCCCCCCCCCCAAGGGCAUCUUUUAAAAUUAUUCAUAGCCUUUGUUAUUUUAGGUCCUGCUUUUAGGACAUGUGAACAAGCCUCUACACACUGAUGUUAAUUUGAUAGCACUGAUUGGCGUUUGAAUGAAAUCUCUUCAUUUAAAAAUCAGUAUCUUUUAAACUUAUUUCUUGUUUGGAUUCUUUUUUUAACAGUUGAAAUAAUAAGCAGUUUUGAUCAUUUUAAUUGUGAAACAUUGCCAUUUUUUGAUAGUGGCUGACUAUAUAGAAUUAUAUCUUCAGAAGGAGUUGGUCCAUUACUGAGAGAUGGUGUCUUACUAAGGUCCAAAGUGGGAAACAUCUUGCCUGAGAUCACAUAGCCAGUUAGUGGCAAGGUCACUGAGGUGUCAUGACUCCAGUCCAGUUCUCUUUCUAUGCUAUAAUUUAUUAUUUUAAUCAUUAUUUUACUUUUCAACUUUGUAUUGUUUGAUUCAGACUCAAUUCUUUAAAAUUAGGAGUUGGUUUGAGUUAAUAAAAUGAGCUUAUUUGUGAUGUGCUUCAGGGGUUAGGGGUGAAAAUGUGAUAGUGUUGACACAGGUUGCAAUAAAGUUGAUGUGUUACUUUAUAGCUCAAAUUUGAAACUUUUUCUCCAUAGGCUACAUAGUAGUGAUAUGUGAGUUCACAAGAAAGUAAACACUGCAUUCAUUCACGUAUUCAUCAUUCAUUGUAUGCUUUGCUAGGUGCUGUGGGAGAUGUAAAAUAAAGGAGAGUAAUAUGAAUGGUAAAAGAA